AAUCAUUCAGUAACGAUACAUGGAACACUACUAACGGAAAUAAUAAACAGGAAACUUGUGCAUCACACAUUAAACACUUAGUUCAUGAAUUACAGUAAUUACAACAUUUAAAAUGAAUUUUGCAACACCCGUGAAUUCUGAUAAAUUACGGUAUAAAAUAAAAGUCAGCGGUCUCCCUAGAUUUUAUUCGUUAUUGGAUCCAUUGCUACAAGAAUUUUUGAAAAUGAUCAACGAGGAGUUGAGAUUAAAUUGCAUACACGCGAGAUACAGUAAAAAAGGUAAUGCAUGGCUGUAUCUCACGUUUCCAACCGAAACCGAACAAGCGGUUGCUCUAAGACUAUUAAAAAAAUAUAACUGGAAAGGACGAUCUUUGAUCAGUACGUUAGUUACGGCCGACACGCCUAAAACCAACAUAAAUUUAACAUACGUCGAAGGGAACCAUGUUGCUAAAAGACCUAGACUUGAUAUUCCACUUAGUGAACAGGUUUUGAUGUCUACAAUUCCUUAUCAUAGUAUUGAAUACGAAGAACAAUUGAGGAAAAAGAGCGAAGAAGCGAGAAUAUUGUUUCAACGGUUCGGGACGAUAAUUCAACGCAAACAACCGCCGCUUGCGGAAUGGUGUGCGAUGCGCAAACGGCAGCUGAAUAGCGAUUUGGCGUUUGAGCUGUCGCCGAUAAUACCGUCGCAAAAAGUCGACCGGUACCGCAACAAAUGCGAGUGGAGCGUAGGAAUUAAUCCCGACUGUGAUUCAGUGGCCGUCGGGCUGAGAGUGAAAGAUUCGAUGGACGGAAUCCACUAUGUCGGUCCACCGGAUUGUCUAAGAAAUUUGCCGAUGCCAAUGAUCACGUUAGCGAAGAAAUUCGAGGAUUUCGUGAAAAAUCAUUCUCAAGAUUGGAGAAUAUGGCGUAAUAUGAUAAUUCGUAUGAAUGAAGACGGAGAAGUAAUGGUGUCGAUAGUUAUCAACCAGCAUCUACUAGACACCGAACAAUUGUCUAAUAUUAAAUGCUCCAUAUCAGAAUGGUCUAAAAAUAACAUAACUGAGAACGUAGUGUCGUUAUAUUUUCAAGUCCAUGGAGAGAAGACCUUAGCUGAUUGUAUCGGUACCACGAUCGAAGCUGAAUUAUUAUGGGGACAAAAGUACAUUGUAGAAAAGCUAUUAAACUUGUCGUUAGAAAUCUCUCCAGCCACAUAUUUUCGUUUGAAUAGUUUGGGCGCCGAAGAAUUGUGUAAAGUGGUUGCUGAUCUUGCCGAUGUGAACGAAAAUACUACAGUUUUGGAUUUGUUCUGUGGGUCUGGGUGCUUAGCACUUACAUUAGCCAAGAAAUGUAAACAAGUCGUGGGCAUCGAGCUAAUUAAAGCAAAUAUAAUGGACGCAAAAAGAAAUGCUGAAAUAAAUGGAAUAGUCAAUUGUGAAUUUAUAGCUGGUAGAACGGAAGAUAUUUUGGAUUCCGUGCUUAACAAACUCAAAGGGUGUAACGUAACUGUGAUAAUGGAUCCACCUUUAACUGGAGUCAGUACCGGAUUGGUCAGGACUCUUCGUAAAUUUAAAGAAGCUAUAAAUUUAAUUUACGUUUGUUCUAAUCACAAACUGCCUUUGAAAAAUCUACUAGAUUUUUCUUCGGUAGUCAGAUAUUGGCAAAAACCAAUAGAUUCCGAUCCAUUUCUUCCACUUCGUGUAGUUCCUAUAGAUAUGUGUCCUCAUACACUUAGGUCAGAGCUGGUUUUGCACUUUAAGAGGUUUUGUGUUGAUGACAUUUUAUCAACUAAAAACGAUAGACCGUCAAAAAUGUAUAGCAACAGAAAAUUUAAGACGAAAUUUAACCCAAGAACAUCGGAAACUGUUACAUCAAGUAUUCAACCAUCUGCUUCCGGAGUGGGUGGAUUGUUGGACUACCUCAAGAAAAUCGAAGAAAGGGCGUAUCAAGAAGGGUUAGCCAAAGGAUUGGAGAGAAAAGCGUUCCAAAUGGGUUAUUCGAGAGGACUUCAGUGUGCCUCCGCUAAUGACGAUGAUCAAUUUAAGAAAAAUUCUUCAACUAAUUCUGAUCAGUAAUUACAAACACUAUAAUAUAAUAGUAUAUUAUGCGUUUUUAUAAUAAUAUAUUAAAUAUUUAUAAAAUUUUAAAAGUUCCAUUUUGUUAUAAACAAAAUAACCAGUCUUUUUAUGAUGUAUUUUAAUGGUUAUACAUUUUACAUUAAUAUUAAUUAAUGUAAAACUGUAUUUUGUGUACCUAUACCCUGUUCCAAAAAAGAAGACACCAGAAUAUGUAUGUAGCAAAACCAGUUUUGCUCGUGGCCGCCUGUUGUCUUCUUUUUUGGAACGGGGUAUAGGUACGUAUAAUAUAAAUUCAGGAAAACUUAUAAUGCUCAAAUGCACAUUACGCAAUUCUCAGUAAGUAGGUAAUAUACACUAUAAUAUAUAGGAACAGUUCAAAAUAAUAAUUUAAAUUUAAUGAAUAAUCUUACCUGAGAGUUAAUAUUUUACAACAACAUUUUUCUUAUAUUAUAAAUUGGACGUGUAUUAUUAUUUCUUUUUUAUUAGUCAAUACUAUACACUUAACAUACAAUUAUAUAAUCUAUUCAUAUAAUAUGUUAUAGAUUAAUAGUUAUAAAUUAUAAUUUUUAUAUUUUCAAUAAGUACAAAAUGAAAUUUACCAUAUUAUAAUUUUCUGUUUACCUACUUGCUACUUAUACACUUAUUCUAAUUUAUAAUAUAAAUAUACCUAGGUAACAUAAAUAGAUAAUUAAUAAAUUUGUUACCUACUCAUAAAAUAUUUAAUAUAUCAUUUUAUUGUAAUUUACAUUCUUAGAAUUUCUAAGUAAUUCUAAGUUAAAAUUAAUAUUAAUUGUAAUAUAUAUAUUGUGAAUUGUGAAUACUGUAUGUACCUAUAUACUGUAAAAUAUAAGAUGUCAUUAACGUCAAUAAUUAUCAAAAGGUACAAUUGGUACCUAUAUAUAAUAUAGAAAGAUACCUACGUAUACAUAUAAUACGUAUAAUAAUUAAUAUUAUUAUGUGUAGGUACAUCGUAUUUAAAUAAUACCUACCUACUCUAAUAUUUUAAGCAGUAGAAAAUAUAAUAUUAUUUAUUACACUUUAUAUUAGUAUUAAUUCUUUUGGGGCAAUAUAAUACUCAUAAGUCGUACCUAUAUAAAUAUAAAAAAUAUACAUACUACAUUACUACAUAUGUAUUUAUUACUUUAAAUAUAAUUUAAAAUACGCUUUGUGUGCAGAUUUCUAUAUUCAAUUAUUUAAUUACACACAUAUGUACCUAUCUAAGUUUGUAACCAACAUUGUUAUAAUUAAUAUUUUUUAUAGUUCAGAAAGGAUGACUUUAUUAAUGUAUCUUAACAAUUACUGUUUAGGUCAUUCAGGGCUUAGUUAAGUAACACACUACACACUUACAUAGGCGCAAAUUGACUAAAUUUUGUUGGGAGGACUCAAGCCCCCCUCCCCAUAGGCCAUAUUGCUUAGUACCACAGA